AUGUCGCAUCCGAACCAGGAUGAUAAAGCCUUCGAUGGCUCAAUACAUGAAAAGGAUACACAGAUUGGUGCUAGCGAAGAGAUUCACAUCGAUCCAGUUGCGGAGAAGAGGCUUAUCCGCAAACUGGAUCUGAUAUUGUCUCCCAUGAUGGUCCUGGUGUUUCUGGUCGCCUACCUCGACCGAUCCAACAUCGGAAAUGCUGCUAUCGCAGGCAUGAAUGAAGACCUAGGGCUCACUGGCAACCGUCUCAACGUCGCUGUAACGCUUUUCUACGUCACCUACAUCGCCUUCGAGGUUCCAGCCUCUAUAUUAUUGAAGAAGCUGCGGCCAUCGCGCCUUAUCCCUACAUUUAUCAUCGGAUGGAGUGCGGUUAUUAUUGGAGCAGCUUUCAUUGAGAACUACGCCUCUCUCAUAGCUACACGCCUGCUCCUCGGUGUCUUCGAGUCCGGCCUGUUCCCAUGCCUGACCUUGUAUCUGAGCAUGUACUACAAGCCGCUAGAGCAAGCUCGAAGGGUUUCCUACCUUUUUGUUGCAUCUGCACUGAGUGGGGCCUUUGGUGGACUACUAGCAUAUGGUCUGACAAAUCUGCAUGGCGCAAAGGGACUUGCGGGCUGGAGAUGGCUGUUUCUCGUUGAAGGAAUCAUCUCUAUGGUCGUCGGUAUCGCCACAAUCUUUCUGUUACCUGACAACUUCGAGACUGCAUGGUGGCUCAAUGAAGACGAGAAAGCUCUGCUCCGUGCUCGACACGAGAACGAACGACUCUACCAGGGCAAGUCUAUGACAUCAGACGCUUUGGACAAGUCCGAAGUAAAGCUUGCUUUCCGCGAUCCGAAGGUAUGGCUCAGCGCUGUAUGCCAAUUCUGCGCCAAUACUUGUUCAUUCGGCUUCUCAACGUUUCUUCCGGUGAUUAUACGUGGCUUCGGAUACUCCAGCAUUCGCACUCAACUUCUCACCGUACCUGUGUACAUCUGGGCCUCAGUUGUAUACCUCUUUAUCGCCUUUUGCUCCGACUAUGUCAAUCGCCGAGCAUUCUUCAUGGUUCCUCUGGCAUUGGUUACAUCGAUCGGUUACGCCAUGAUGCUUGGUGUCUCUAUGUCCUCGACCGGGGUGCUGUACUUCGCGACUUUUGUCACUGCUACUGGCAUUUACUGCGUCGUGGGCCUGAACGUUACCUGGGUGAUCAACAGCAAUGCCGGAUACUUCAAGCGCGCCACCGCUAUCGGUCUACAGCAAACCAUUGGUAACUCUGCUGGUAUCAUGGCUGGGCAGAUUUACCGCAUCACGAAUAACGAUGGCCGCUACGUAAUCGGUCACGCUAUCUCGAUUACAACUAUCACAAUCGCGGCAUGCGGUUACGCUCUGAUGUACUUUACUUUGCGCGGGAUCAACAGGAAGAGGGAAGUCAUGUCCAUCGAAGAGAGGAUUCGAGAGAUCGAUUCUGGGAAGCUUGGCGAUCGCCAUCCCGACUUCCGCUACACAUCGUAG